AUGUCACAGGUCAUACAGAACCACGUGUUGCGUGUUGGACAGACCGUGUGUGUUUCCUCACAGGAGGAAAGCAAGAGCUUGCACCCAGCAGGGUACUCGGGCUGCUCCACACUGCAGUACAGGUUUUACUCAACAGAGAGCUGGGCUGACCCCUCCACCAUGCUGCACAACAACCCCUGCCUGCUGCCCAGCGGGGAGCUGUACGAGCCCCCCCCCGUGUUCGAGCAGGGGAAGGGGCAGCAGGACACCCCUUUGGAGAGACCCAGCACCCUGUCUCAGGCAAAGCAGGAGGAGGAUGGCAGCAUGGAUGCUGAGGCUCACCUGGUGUCUCCUACCUUGGACAUCUCCAUAGAGAAUCUCAACCGGCUGAUCCUGGAAAUCGAUCCAACCUUUCAGCCACUCACAUGCAAGCCAGGGAAGGAUGUGGUCCUGCCUGCUUCUCAGGGUGAUGCUGCCACCACCAAGAAACAAGAUUCGGAGGCAAUAGACAUUAAGUACAUAGAGAUGACUCCAGGCAGAGCCACGUGUCCUGAGCAGCUGCAGGGCUCCCCCAGCCCUUUGGGAACACCCUUCUCCAGAUCUCCCCAGAGCAACAGCUUUCUGCCCCAGAAAGGGGGACUCCGAGGCAACUACAGCACCAGUGGCAGUGUGGUUUUCUCCAGCCCACCCGGACCCAUGAGCCCCCACUCAGUCACCCCGAGCUCUGCUGCCUCCCCAACCUGCAGCAAAGUGUCUGAAUGUGUGGCUGUGCCCCAGCACUGCACAGCUGGACAGACAGACAGCAUCUCCUAUGGGCCUGGGGCUCUCAGCACCUCCCCGGGCUUCGACAACCUGCUGAAGCCUGUGCAGGUGAUGAGAGCCCAGCAGAGGAGCAGCUGGGUCUCCAUGCUCUCCACCAGUCCUGGCUCAGACACCAGUUACAUCCUGGGAAGCAGCACCCACUCACUCCACAAUGAGGACUCAGAUGCUCACCCCACUGCCUGCAGCUCUGCUGACUGCUCAUCCCCUGCCAGCUCCAUGGGCAGCCCCUGCACGCCUUCCCCCAGCAUCAGCUCUCACUCUGGAGAAGCUUUUGGCCUGAGUGCUCCCCAGCCCAGGGCAGCCUCCUCCACCAAAGCCACCACCUCCCUGUCCCAGAAGGGACAGGCCAGCAGCUGCCCCCCCUCCAUCCUCAACUCCACAGCUGACAUCCCAGUGCUGCUGGUGAACGGGUGCCUGGAACAAGGAGAAACAUCUUCCAGGCUGGCCAAAGGCCCCCCGGUCUCUGCCAAGCAGAGCCCCCCUCCCAGCUGCAGCCCAGCCCUGAGGUUGGGUGGACUGAACAACGCGCUCUCUGCUCCAGCUCUUUCCUGCGUCCCAGACAGUCCCCUCCGGGCUGAGCAGCCAACCAUGAAGUUUGUGAUGGACACAUCAAAAUACUGGUUCAAGCCCAGCAUAACCAGGGACCAAGCAAUCCAGCUGCUGAGAGCCAAGGAGCCAGGCACGUUCCUUGUGCGGGACAGCACGUCGUACCGGGGGUCCUUUGGGCUGGCCAUGAAGGUUCCUGUCCCCCCAUCUGGCAGCCAGACAGGUGACGAGAGCGGUGACCUGGUCCGGCACUUCCUCAUCGAGUCCUCUGCCAAAGGGGUGCACUUGAAAGGAGCCAGCGAGGAGCUGUACUUUGGGAGCCUCUCUGCCUUCGUGUACCAGCACGCCAUCACCCCGCUGGCACUGCCCUGCAAGCUCAGCAUCCCCACCCGAGAUCUUGCUGAUGGAGAGGACAGCCCUGACUGUGCAACAGAAUCUCCACUGUCCCUGCUGAAGAAAACUGCUGUGUGCAACGUCUUGUACCUCAACUCAGUGAAUGUUGAGACCCUCACAGGAGGUCCAGCUGUCCAGAAAGCCAUCUCCUCCACCUUUGAGCUGGAGACACUGCCCACACCCACCCUGGUGCACUUCAGAGUGACCGAGAAGGGAGUGACAUUGACAGAUGUGCAGAGGAAGGUGUUUUUCAGGCGUCACUACCCCUUGGCUGCCAUCAGGUUCUGCGGGAUGGACCCUGAGAACAGAAAGUGGCAGAAGUACUGCAAGUCCUCAAGGAUCUUCGGGUUUGUGGCCAAAAGCCAGACAGAUUUGGAGAACCUCUGCCACCUGUUUGCAGAGUACGACACCGUGCAUCCAGCAUCGCUUGUCAUCGACCUUCUCUGCAAGCUCCUGCCUGGCCCAUAGAGGAUGGAAACCCCAGGACAGCUCAGGGCUGGCAGCUGCCCACACUGUGCUGAGCCUCUACUGCUCACCUCCUACUUCUGGGUUGCAUUUUGGCAACAGCUCAUAUUUAUAUUUUUUUGUUAUGUACAGUACCAUCAGGAGCCUCAGCUAAAGAUUUUAUGUUCUGGUUGGAGAUGUUCCUCUGAGACCACAGGAGCAGAGCUGCAGGACAGGAGCUGUGCUCACCGUGUGGAUCCCUCGUAGCACACACCCUUCUCUUUGCUCUGGAUGGCUGGAAUACUCUGGCUGAGAUUCCCACCAGCAGCAGGGGACUCUUGCACUCGUGGUGUCCAAGCCGAGGCACAUUUGGUGGAGCUGAGCUCCCACCUUUGGGGUCUUUGGGUUCCCCCCAGGUGCCAUUGGGAGGGGAGGUCUGGCACAGGCUCGGGGGGACUCAUCUCCAUUAUGCUAGACCAGCAUCAGGAGGCAGCUUUGCAAAUCAAAGUGUAUAAAAUCAUGGGGCCCUUCUGAAAAUCCCUGCUUCCCUCCAAGAACAAGAUGCAUGGAAAGGCAGAAGUGUCAGGGCAGUGUGGUUUUGCCUGGUGCUGGUAAAUCCUCCUGCCCUUCCUUGCACAGCAGGGUUACAGGCCAGCUCCAGCCCCAGGCAGCACGGCAAACUGAGAAAUAAAUGUUGACAUUUUCAUGACAGUAAAAAGUUGGGUUUUUGGAAAUGACUUGCAUGAACGUGGGCCAGAUCCUCAGAUGACGUAAAUUGGUGCAGCCC